UACGAUCCUCCAUGCAGUGAUACAAUUGUUUAGGACCACUGGUUCGAGAAGCCUUCGCUAUUCGAACAGAACCAGCGAUACAUCUCAUCCACACAUAUACUACGUUGUCCCACCUAUUGACAUCAUCCAGGUUGCAGUGCACUUCAUGAUGGCGACCAAUGAACGUACGAUGUCGACGUGGCGAUUGGUAUUCAUUGUUCUGCUGGCAUCUGGCGUCUUGAGUGCUUCCACAAGGAUCCGCUUGAAGGACCAGGGAUACGUGGACAUAGUCGUUGCCAUCGAUCAUCAAGUGCGCGAGGAUAAGCAACUGAUUCAGAACCUCAAGGAUUUGCUGACCAGUACGUCAGCGUUCCUUCACCGAGCUACAAGAGAGCUGGUAUACCUCAAAAGCGUCACCAUCGUCUUACCUCACACGUGGUCUAAUGACAUCCCGUCCGAGUCCAUCUCAGGAGACAUGCUGUCCAGUGCAGACAUCCGGAUUGUCAAUAGCCAAGAACGCGCUCCGUACACGGUGCAAGCCAUGGGGUGUGGAGAACGCGGCGAAUACAUCGUUCUGCCGUCACAGUUUGUGGGCAAUCUCACUACCGCUACCAAGAAAGAAUUCAGGAAGCCUGAGCAGGUGAUGACGCACGAAUGGGCCCACUUCAGGUAUGGAGUCUUCGAUGAAUAUGGCUCACCUGGAGACUCUCAAUAUCCUUCGAUGUACUUUCGGGAUGGACAGAAAAAGCCCAAUGUCUGCAGUGACAAGAUUGUCGUUAGUCCCAAGACGGAUAAGGGUGAACGCUGCAAGUUAGUUGAGGGAUCUUCUCAACAAGACUGCAUCGAUUUCUUGCCCGUCGAUAAAUCCACCCAAGUAUCGUCUUCCAUCAUGUUUCUGCCGGUGCUUUCAUCGGUAAGCGAGCACGCUAUUGUACUUCCUGAGGCCUGCUUUUCUGUUUCGCAUCCUGUCUACACUUUCUGUGACGAUGACGAACACAAGCACAACGCCGAGGCACCGAACCCACAGAACGCCUUGUGCGACUCUCGUAGCACCUGGGACGUCAUUUCACACAAUUCCGACUUCAACGGGUAA